AUGGCUUCAAGUAGAGCACCGGAAUUUCCAGGGCUUAAAGACGCACAGAAGGCCCUUCUGAGAAAGGGCGAGUAUGCGAACUAUGUCAAUUUCCACUUGGUGGCUUACACGGCCCCUGAGAUCGCGCGCCGAUGUAAAACUUCUCUCGUAGAGGUGAAGGUGCUUGUAGAUGCGUUCUGCAAAGCAUCUCUGCAACCGUUGCAGCGCCUCGAAGAAAUCAAACACGAAGGGAACGAGAAGAUAACCACAGGCGACCCACGUCUGGAUUAUGCGCUUGGGGGUGGGAUUCGAACCGGAAUGAUAUGGGAAGUUGCUGGAGAAAGCGCGGCCGGAAAGACACAGCUGGCGCUCCAACUAUCCCUUCUUGUUCAACUGCCACCCAGGCUCGGGGGAUUGUCUAGCUCAGCCUGCUAUAUAACUACAUCCUCCACCCUUCCUACUACGCGUCUACUACAAAUCCUGAACUCGCAUCCACUACUGUCUUCUACCCUCUGUAGUCUGUCGAAUGUGCACACGAUAUCCACGCCGACUAUAGCUGCCCUCCUCCAAAUUCUAUCCACAACUCUUCCUCAAUUCCUGGCCAGCAAACUCAAUGAUCGUCCCAUAAAGCUGAUCGUCAUCGACGCUCUUGCCGAGCUGUUUCAUACCUCCGCUCAAACUACGACGAACACACUUGUUGAGCGGUCACGAAGCGUCUCCGAGAUAUCCGUCUGCCUGCAUACACUUGCUAGUAAGUAUCAGGUCGCAAUCCUGGUGCUGAACGAGGUCGUGGAUGUCUUUGCGCGGCAAAUAAACCCGGAAGGGCUCGAUAAUGACCUACUCUAUUUUGAGCAGUCCAAGUGGUUCAGCCGCGCUCAUAGCAUACCUUUGGAGGACUCCAAAGAGGUAAGCCUAGGUCUCGUCUGGGCCAACCAAGUCAACGCACGAAUACUCCUCAGCCGGACUGGAAGGCGACGAUACAUAUCUGAAGAUGACUUAGGAUCCAGAGUCCAGAAGCCUUCGCGUGACGCCGCUCCUACCAGGUCACACCAAACCUCCACCGACCAGGAGUCUACCCUCAUCCGAAGGGUCACCGUCAUAUUUAGUUCUGUGGCCCCUCCAGCCUCGCUGGAUUACAUCGUCACCGAGGCCGGAAUAUCGACUCUGUUUGAUGACAAUUCCUCUGCAUCUCAAACCGAGCGAGUGCUGGCUACACCCAGCCCGGAACGCCCCGCCCCGCCCGUUGCCUCCGUGCUUAACAACGAUCCAUCGAUACCUCGCAGUCAACUGCCUCUGGAUGUGGGUUUUGUUGAGGACCUUACGAACGCAAACUUUGAGGUCGCCGAAGACGAUGAAUGGGAGCAAUACUGGAAGGAUUACGACCUUCCGGAACAUGUCUACAGUGAUGCUGGUUUCGACGAUGGCGCCCCAAUCGUCAAUCAGAAUGGAGAGCCACAACACGCCCCAAUCACUCCCUUGCUGGCCUCCUCAGAUUCCAGUUACUUAGAGGACCCAGCUAAGAUUGGGAACGUGGAGGAUCCGGGAGGGGCAGCACCGCCCGACGAGUUCAGUCCAUCUGAAGGGCCUUUUCAACAAUCGACUCCCCUCGCGAUCAAUAGCUUCGUCGCGGAACGCAAAGCACCCGAAGGACCUGACAGUACCUUCAAGUUGGAACUUUCUAGAUGCGAUAUCCAUCUUAGUAUCGUUCGGGAGUUGGAACGAUGUGGAGCGCUCCAUUGGGACUCCGCCACAUUGCAUGCAUUCGGGAGCAUCAACGCAUUCAUCGACGCAGAGGAUGACGAAGAAGACGAAUACAACGGAUAUGAUGGAGAACACAACGAUCCAUACAGCGACAUUGACUCGGAUGAACUCGAGGCCGGUAUGAGCAUGGUCUGGCAAACGGGAUAG